AUGCAUGAUCAAUUCAAGCGCAUUGGCAUCGUUGGGGCCGGGAACAUGGGCUCCAUGAUGGCCUUUGCCUUUUCCGAACUCGGUCACGAUGUUUCCAUCUGGGAUGUUCAAAAGGAGAACGUGGAUCAGCUCUUGAAAUCGGCCCAGAGCAUCGAAGGACAGGGGAAGAUCGAAGGAUUCGAAGACAUUGGUGAAUUCACCAAGAGCUUAGAGGGUCAAGGAGCACGGAAGCUGUUUAUUUUCUCUAUCACCCAUGGCGACCCGGCAGACUCGGUUCUGAGUAAGAUCAAGCAUGCAUUGAAAGAAGGCGACAUCAUUCUCGACGGCGGGAAUGAACACUACCGGCGUACCGAAAGAAGACAGAAGGAGUGCGAAGAAAUUGGGGUGAGUUGGAUUGGGACUGGUGUUUCUGGAGGGUACCAGUCUGCUCGUCGUGGACCCAGUCUGUCUCCGGGAGGCGAUGAGAAGGCGCUCGAGCUUGUACUACCGCUACUGGAGCGUUAUGCCGCCAAGGAUCGCAAGACUGGCCGCCCGUGUGUAGCUCGAGUCGGCCCCGCGGGCUCGGGACAUUUUGUCAAGAUGGUGCACAAUGGGAUCGAGGGUGGAAUGCUCUCAGCAGUUGCCGAGGCUUGGUCUAUCCUCUAUUAUGGACUUGGCCUCAACUACGACGAGAUUGGGGAUAUCUUCGAUGAGUGGAAUCAGAAGGGCGAAUUACGAAAUAACUUCCUGUUGGAGAUUGGAAUCGAAAUAUGUCACAGGCGAAAAAGCCCCGAAGGUGACGGUAAGGGCGAAGGAAUCGGUGAACAGAACGAAUAUGUCCUUGAUGACGUUCUCGACAAAGUUGUACAGGAUGACGACGAUACCGAAGGAACUCCUUAUUGGUGUGUCAUGGAAACGGCGAAUCGCCAUGUUUCUGCGCCAACUAUUGCUACAGGUCAUUACAUGCGUAUCGCCAGUGGGAACCGUGCCGAACGACUAAGAGUAGCCGAAAAGCUGCAAACACCAAAGCCCAAGUCUAUUGAGGGCAUUGAUGACCGAAGGCUUUUCAUUGAGGAUUUGCGUCGAGCAGUCUACUGUUGUUUCCUCUCCUCGUUCUGCCAAGGUCUCGAACUGAUUGCCCGGGCCUCUGAGGACGAAGGAUGGAAUAUUGAUCUGAACAAAUGUCUCCAGAUCUGGCGUGGAGGAUGCAUUAUCCAGUCCGAAGCUAUUGCUGACCUCCUGCAACCUUUGCUGAAAUCAGACGUGCAUUAUACCAAUUUGAAAGACAUUGACGACGUAGCGCAAGAGUUAAAGGGGAACUUUGACUCCCUCAAACGGAUCGUGAUCGACUCGACAUUAUCUGAUCAAUAUAUCCCGGCGAUUUCUGCGACCCUGGAGUACUUGAAGUACGCCGGUGGGACCAUGUUGCCCACAAAAUUUAUGGAAGCACAGAUGGAUCUCUUUGGCGCCCAUGCAUAUUACAAGCCAGGGGUUUCGGGAGAAGACCCUGGGCCUCCGCACCCUUCAGGAGAAUCGAGUCUGCCAAGCAACUUGCCAAAAGAAUGGGUUCUCUUCCUAACACUUACGCGGGUGAAACCCGUCCGGAUCGCGGUUAUCGGUGGAACCGGUCUUCGCGAACUCCCUGGAUUCACUCAGGUUGCUUCUUUGGACAUCUCGACUCCAUGGGGUGCUCCCUCCUCCCCGAUCACGAUUUUGCACCACAAGUGCUCUCACAACCAGAAAACCGUCGCUGUCGCCUUCCUCAGUCGCCACGGUGCGCACCAUCAGAUUGCGCCACAUGAGGUGCCUGCCCGUGCCAACAUCGCCGCCCUGCGCUCGAUCGGUGUCCGGACCAUCGUUGCCUUCUCGGCCGUCGGUAGCUUGCAAGAGGAGAUCAAGCCCCGUGACUUCGUGAUUCCCGACCAGGUUAUUGACCGUACCAAGGGCAUCCGGCCCUUUACAUUCUUUGAGGGAGGUGUAGUUGCUCAUGUUCCGUUCGGAGACCCCUUUGACGAGGGCGUUGCCAAGAUCGUGAGGGCUUGUGGCCACAGCCUCGAGGGUGAGGGUGUGGUGCUGCAUGACCGCGGCACGUUGGUGUGCAUGGAGGGACCCCAAUUCUCCACCCGUGCUGAGAGCAAGCUCUACCGUUCCUGGGGAGGCAGCGUUAUCAACAUGUCCUGUCUCCCUGAGUCCAAGCUGGCUCGUGAGGCCGAGAUUGCCUACCAGAUGAUCUGCAUGUCCACGGACUAUGACUGCUGGCAUGAGGGUACCGCAGACGUCACCGUGGAAAUGGUCAUGGGAAAUAUGAAGGCCAACGCUGAGAAUGCUAAGCACUUCGUGACUGCCGUCCUCGAUGAGCUCGCUGCUGACAAAAAUUCCGAACUCGUACAAGCCAAGCAUGUCGAAGGAUCCGUCAAGUUCGGCCUUAGCACUGCACAAUCCCACUGGAGCCCCGAAGCCACGAAGAAGAUGAACUGGCUCUUCCCUGGAUACUUCAACUAA